AUGGAACUUCUCGAACUCGUCGAGUACGAACCUACGACUCGCCCUUUUCAGUGCGACUGGGAAACAUGCAACAAGAGCUUCAACCGCAAGUCAGACCUUCAAAGGCACUAUAGGAUACACACGAAUGAGCGUCCUUACAUGUGCUCUACCCCUGGUUGUGGAAAGAGCUUCAUCCAGAGGAGUGCUCUUACAGUCCACAUCCGAACACACACUGGCGAGAAACCUCACCAGUGCCAGCACAUUGGUUGUGGGAAGAGGUUUUCUGAUUCUUCUAGUUUGGCUCGCCAUCGACGCAUUCACACCGGAAAGCGCCCUUACAAGUGCGCCCACGAUGGUUGCCUGAAGAGCUUCUGCCGAAAGACGACCAUGGUCAAGCACCAGCGGCGGUCUCACCAGCGCGGGCUACAUCCGAAUGACUUGUUGGACGACUGCACCUCGGAAUCAGACGGAUGCGAGUCGCCUCCCACUCCUACACAGUCCUCUGUGUCCUGGCCAGGUCACGGCCCGUUGGCCUCGCACUCGUCCUUGGCCCAAGCCCACGCCAUGCAACGCGCUGCCUCGUUCGCCGACUUUGGCCACCACAUGAACUACAACAUGGCCCAGCAGUUACCCCAUCGCCACAGCGUCGCCGCCGAAGCGCAAGAGUACCACUCGGCCUCGCCCCAUGGCCAGCAACAGGGCCUACAGAUGGUACAGCGCACGGCCAGCAUGCCUCAGCACUAUUACGUUAUUGAGCAAAGCAACCCUGGCAUUGCUACCAUGAACACCACAAACGUCCAACAAGCAUACAUCCCUCGGCAACACGUCGAGCGGGCCAAUAUCGAGAUUCCCUACUCGGGGGGCAGCGUCACGUCCUUGAGCAGCAGCCCAGGCAGCUUUUCGCCAGUCUCGGGCAGCAGCCCGACAAUCCCUGAAACCAUGUACACGCACCAACCUCCGCAGGCACCGGCGUAUGCCAUGCAAGCAGCUUCACCCGUCCAGCAGCAAUCCUCAAUGGUCCAGUACUCUCAGCAGAUGCCAGCGAACAUGCCCAACCAACCGGCGCAGCAACCGGCGCAAAAUGCGCCUGAGCAGUACCACCAACCCUCACAGCCCGUAGCCGAGGCCUGGUACCAGUACCAGGCCCCGGUAGAGGUCGCGACCAUCGGCCAGCUCCCGCCAUUUGGUUCAGGUGUGUACGACCUGUACGGCGGACCGAAGAUCGAAUUCGAGGACCCAACGAUGCAACUUCCCAGCACUCGCAUCGAGACAAUGUGA